AUGCCAGUGCGUGCCGUGACCUCCAGGUUCAUGUACCGCGGACUCUGCACUAUCCCCGAUAUCUUGUCCUAUCGGCCUCCCAUCAAGCUGCCGGACGAUGAGGUUGAAGAGAUCCGUGAGGCCUUCAAGGUGUUUGACCGUGAUGGGAACGGCUACAUCUCCAAGCAGGAGCUGGGCAUGGCCAUGCGCUCCCUUGGUUACAUGCCCAACGAGGUGGAGCUGGAGGUCAUCAUCCAGAGACUGGACAUGGACGGCGAUGGUCAGGUCGACUUUGAGGAGUUUGUCACAUUGCUAGGGCCAAAGCUGUCAGCGACAACUAUGCCAGACAAGUUUCAUGGAGCAGACUUUGAUUCUGUCUUCUGGAAGUGCGACAUGCAGAAGCUGACAGUGGACGAACUCAAGAGGCUUCUUUAUGACACCUUCUGCGAUCACCUGACCAUGAAAGACAUCGAGAACAUCAUUAUGACCGAGGAAAGCCACCUGGACAGCCCAGAGUGUCAAGUGGAUAUUAACACGAGCCCCAAACAUCAGAUGAAACACACGUGUGUGCGGAAAAGCCUGAUAUGUGCCUUCGCCAUUGCGUUCAUCAUCAGUGUCAUGCUCAUCGCAGCCAAUCAGAUGCUCCGCAGGGGGAUGAAGUAA